AUGAAGAUGGCGGACGCGAAGCAGAAGCGGAACGAGCAGCUGAAGCGCUGGAUCGGCUCCGAGACGGACCUCGAGCCUCCUGUGGUGAAGCGCCAGAAGACCAAGGUGAAGUUCGAUGAUGGCGCCGUCUUCCUGGCUGCUUGCUCCAGCGGCGACACGGACGAGGUUCUCAAGCUGCUGCACCGCGGCGCCGACAUCAAUUACGCCAAUGUGGACGGACUCACUGCCCUGCACCAGGCUUGCAUUGAUGACAAUGUUGAUAUGGUGAAGUUUCUGGUAGAAAAUGGAGCAAAUAUUAACCAACCUGAUAAUGAAGGCUGGAUACCUCUGCAUGCAGCUGCUUCCUGUGGAUAUCUUGAUAUUGCAGAGUUUUUGAUUGGUCAGGGAGCACAUGUAGGAGCUGUCAACAGUGAAGGAGACACGCCUUUAGAUAUUGCUGAGGAGGAGGCAAUGGAAGAGCUACUUCAGAAUGAAGUUAAUCGGCAAGGGGUUGAUAUAGAAGCAGCUCGAAAAGAAGAGGAACGAAUAAUGCUUAGAGAUGCCAGACAGUGGUUAAAUAGUGGUCAUAUAAAUGAUGUCCGGCAUGCAAAAUCUGGAGGUACAGCACUUCACGUUGCAGCCGCCAAGGGCUAUACAGAAGUUUUAAAACUUUUAAUACAGGCAGGCUAUGAUGUUAAUAUUAAAGAUUAUGAUGGCUGGACACCUCUUCAUGCUGCAGCUCAUUGGGGUAAAGAAGAAGCAUGUCGGAUUUUAGUGGACAAUCUGUGUGAUAUGGAGAUGGUCAACAAAGUGGGCCAGACAGCCUUUGAUGUAGCAGAUGAAGACAUUUUAGGGUAUCUAGAAGAUUUGCAAAAGAAACAAAAUCUGCUCCAUAGUGAAAAACGGGAAAAGAAAUCUCCACUAAUUGAAUCAACAGCUAAUAUGGAUAAUAAUCAGUCACAGAAGACCUUUAAAAACAAAGAGACAUUGAUUAUUGAGCCUGAGAAAAAUGCAUCCCGUAUUGAAUCUCUGGAACAAGAAAAGGUUGAUGAUGAAGAAGAAGGAAAGAAAGAUGAAUCUAGUUGCUCUAGUGAAGAAGAUGAGGAAGAUGACUCAGAAUCAGAAGCUGAAACAGAUAAGACAAAGCCCAUGGCUUCUGUAACUAAUGCCAAUACUUCUAGUGCACAAGCAGCCCCUGUAGCUGUUACAGCACCUACUGUGUCAUCUGGUCAGCCAACACCUACGUCACCUGUUAAAAAGUUUCCAACUUCAGCUACAAAAAUUUCUCCCAAAGAAGAAGAGAGAAAAGAUGAGUCUCCUGCAUCUUGGAGGUUAGGACUUAGAAAGACGGGCAGUUAUGGUGCACUUGCAGAAAUCACAGCAUCUAAAGAGGCUCAGAAGGAAAAAGACACUGCAGGUGUCAUGCGCUCAGCUUCAAGUCCCAGACUUUCCUCCUCUUUGGAUAAUAAAGAAAAGGAGAAAGAUAGUAAAGGAACUAGGCUUGCAUAUGUUGCGCCUACAAUACCAAGACGACUCGGCAGUACAUCUGACAUUGAAGAGAAAGAAAACAGAGAUUCUUCAAGUUUGCGAACAAGUAGUUCAUAUACAAGAAGAAAAUGGGAAGAUGAUCUUAAAAAGAAUAGCUCCAUUAAUGAAGGCUCAACUUAUCAUAAAAGUUGCUCCUUUGGUAGAAGACAAGAUGAUUUGAUUAGUUCUAGUGUUCCAAGCACCACAUCAACACCAACAGUUACCUCUGCAGCUGGGCUUCAGAAAAGCCUGCUUUCCAGCACAAGCACUACUACAAAGAUUACAACGGGUUCUUCCUCAGCAGGCACACAAAGCAGUACCUCAAAUCGUUUGUGGGCUGAGGAUAGUACUGAAAAGGAAAAGGACAGUGUUCCUACGGCAGUGACCAUUCCUGUUGCUCCAGCUGUUGUUAAUGCUGCAGCCUCUACCACAACCGUGACCACAACUACUGCUGGCACUGUCUCCUCCACUUCGGAGGUCAGGGAGAGACGCAGAUCAUACCUCACUCCUGUUAGAGAUGAAGAGUCUGAAUCCCAAAGAAAAGCAAGAUCUAGACAAGCAAGACAGUCUAGAAGAUCAACACAGGGGGUAACACUGACUGAUCUUCAGGAAGCUGAAAAAACAAUAGGGAGGAGUCGUUCCACCCGAACCAGAGAACAAGAAAAUGAAGACAAAGAGGAAAAAGAGAAACAGGAUAAAGAGAAACAGGAAGAAAAGAAGGAGUCAGAAACAUCUAGAGAAGAUGAGUACAAACAAAAGUACUCCAGAACAUAUGAUGAGACUUAUCAACGCUACAGACCAGUAUCAACUUCAAGUUCAACCACUCCCUCCUCUUUACUUUCUACAAUGAGCAGUUCACUUUAUGCUUCAAGUCAGUUAAACAGGCCAAAUAGUCUUGUAGGUAUAACUUCUGCCUACUCCAGAGGAUUAACAAAGGAAAAUGAAAGAGAGGGAGAAAAGAAAGAAGAAGAAAAAGAGGGGGAAGAUAAAUCACAACCUAAAUCAAUCAGAGAACGACGGCGACCAAGAGAAAAAAGAAGAUCAACAGGAGUUUCAUUUUGGACACAAGAUAGUGAUGAAAAUGAACAAGAACAACAAUCAGAUACAGAGGAGGGAUCCAAUAAGAAAGAAGUUCAGACGGAUUCCAUUUCUAGAUAUGAACUCAGUUCUACAUCAGCUAGUGAUCGGUAUGAUUCCUUGCUGGGUCGCUCUGGAUCAUACGGUUACUCAGAAGAAAGAAAACCUUACAGUAGCAGGCUAGAAAAGGAUGAUUCAACUGACUUUAAAAAGCUUUACGAACAAAUUCUAGCUGAGAAUGAAAAGCUGAAGGCACAGCUGCAUGACACGAACAUGGAGCUGACGGAUCUUAAGUUGCAGCUGGAGAAAGCCACCCAGAGACAAGAAAGAUUCGCUGAUAGGUCCCUAUUAGAAAUGGAAAAAAGGGAACGAAGAGCUCUAGAAAGAAGAAUAUCUGAAAUGGAAGAAGAGCUCAAAAUGUUACCAGACCUGAAAGCAGACAACCAGAGGCUAAAAGAUGAAAAUGGGGCCUUGAUCAGAGUUAUAAGCAAACUUUCCAAAUAA